CAACCAUUGACUUCUGUUCUUUUCGUUUCUUACUCUUAAGUUUGCCUAUCUUUGAUCAGACUUCUUGUUUUUUACUUCAAUUUCUUCCUCACCUUUUCAAUUCCAUGGCCACUGCUCAGGUUGUAUCAGCAAAGACAGCCCUCCCUGUGGAGGACACAACUCAUGAGGAACCAAUUAAGGCACAAGAAGUAGUGACAGAAGUAGCAGCAGCUGAGGCAGAGGCUGUUGCAGAAGAGCCAAAAAAGGAGGCAGAGACUGUUGUUGCUUCUGGUGAAGUUCCUAAGGCUGAGGCUGCAGAAGCUGAUGAAACCACCCCAGUUGAGGUUGAGACAAAGGAGGUGAAGGUGGUGGAGGAGGCCAAGGAAGAUGUCGUGGCCAAAGAAGAGGCAGAAGAACCAACAGUAGAGAAGACUGCUGAGCCAGAACUUGUAGAGGAGACUAAGGAGAAAUUGAAUAUUGACGACUCUGUUGAGGCUCCUUCUGCAGAACCAAUUGCGCCAGAGCCGGUAUCGGAACCAGCGGCUGAAGAUCCUAAAGAAGAGGUAGUGGUUAAGGAAGAAGAGAAGCCUGAAGCUGUUGAGGAAGAGAAGCCAGCUGCUGAUGCUGCCGAGGAGAAAGUUGUCAAGGAAGAGCCAGUGGAGAAGGCUGAGUAAAUUUAAGUUGUAUUAAUUAGCGGGUAUGUGGGGGUUGCUUGCAUGUGAAGUGAUCGAUGUCUUUAGAAUUUAGUGGUCCAAGAACUUAAAUAAGGAGUAAUUAGGGGAAAACGAGGUGUAUGUAACGAGAAAUUAUUGAUUGGUACGGAUACACCAUGUCAGCGAUGUAUUUUCCACCCAGAUCAUGUAACCAUGCUAGCUUGCCAUAUAUAUGGUAGACAUGCAUGUUAGAUCUUAGAUUUUCAUAUAUGCAUUGGGGUUUGGUUGAGUUUCCUAGUUAAAAGCUAAGAACCUGAUGAAUUUUAUUGUGGUGCAUGCAUGUAUGUAUGUAUGUUUGAUAGAAGAUCAUCAUGGGGAUGAAUGUGUUGCAUUUGAGUAAUAAGAUCUUUACUUGGUUGA